AUGUAUUGUAAGUAAACCCUAAACCUCAGUCGAAUAAGAUUUGGGGGAAAAAAGUCGAAAUUGCCACUGUAUGGGGUCUUGUCUUGUCUGAUUCGAGUGAAGUGCGGCCAUUACAAAAACUAUACAACACGAAAGAGACUGAUUCAUAGUACCAUCUUCUUCUUCUGUUAUGGCUAAUAGGAAUCAUCACACGAUUAUUCUACUUCAAACUUCUCACCACAGAGCUACCAGAACUUUCAUGGAUUUUGACUCCAUCUCUCUAGCUAUCGAUGGCAUAUGUGGACUGUAUGAAAGGAAACUGAAGGACUUGAAUCCAGCCGUCAGAAAUAUCUCUUAUGAUAUUAUGGAUCUCUACAACUUCAUAGACGGUCUUGCAGACAUGAGUGCUCUAGUUUAUGAUGGUUCAAAGCAUGCUUACUUUCCCUAUGAUCGAGAGUGGAUUAAGGAACGAACCUUUCAACAUUUGAAGAAAUUGGCACGUUGAUUUAUCGCCAAAAUUUUAGCAAUUAAAUGUAAAGAAAAUCACCAAGGGAAGAACUUGUCUGUUAUGUCGGCUAUACUCCCGAUGGCUAUGUUGCUUGAUAUGAUUAUUGCACAUACUGCAAGCAGUUUUUAUAUAUUAUAUAAUAUAUCAAUAGCUAGUGCUACUGAAGUUUCAGAAACAAAUGACUAUUGGCAAUUGGCAUGGCUUACUUUAUCCUUGUAAUUUGUCAAGUGUUCUAUGGCUAGCAGACUUUGCCUUGUUAAACAAAUCCUUAUCUUGUACUAUUUAGCUGUAAAUUGCACUGUUUAUUUACCUAUCCUAACAUCUAUAACUAAAAAGGACAUGCAAAUGCAUUUUCUUA